AGGAAGAGAGUGAGAGACAGGCGCUGGGCGGUCUUGGGAACGCGACUGCCCGUGUAGACAGUCGGAAUGGGUAAAAAGGUAAAAAAGGAAGUGGAACCUCCUCCUAAGGAUGUGUUUGAUCCUUUAUCAGUUGAAAGCAAGAAAGCUGCAACAGUGGUGCUAAUGCUCAGUUCCCCUGAAGAGGAAGUUUUGUCUAAAGCCUGUGAAGCUCUUUAUAAAUUUGCAUCAAAAGGUGAAGAAAACAAGCUGACACUUCUUGAACUUGGAGCCCUGGAACCUUUAUUUAAAUUAGUUUCCCAUGAAGACCCUGUUGUCCGUAGAAAUGCCACCAUGGUAGUCGGUAUCAUGGCUUCUCAUAAUGAUGUGAAAAAAUCAUUAAGGCAGCUUGAUGUUACAAGUGCAUUCAUAGCUCGCCUGGCACCAGAAGAAGACGUAGUCAUCCAUGAGUUUGCCAGCCUUUGUCUGGCACAUAUGGCAGCUGAAUAUAAUAGUAAAGUGCAAAUAUUUGAACAAGGUGGAUUAGAGCCACUUAUCAGACUGCUAGGAAGUCCUGACCCUGAUGUUAAGAAGAAUUGUGUUGAAAGCAUCUAUAACAUGGUACAGGAUUUUCAGAGUCGUGCUGCAAUUCGUGAACUAAACGCAAUUCCUCCGUUAUUGGAUCUUCUGAAGUCUGACUAUCCAAUUAUUCAGUUGUUAGCUAUCAAAACUUUAGGUAUUAUUAGCAUUGACAGAGAAACCAGAGUGAUGCUUAGAGAAAAUCAAGGACUAGAUCAUCUUUUCAAGAUACUAGAAACUAAGGAAUUUAAUGAUCUACACGUGGAAGCUCUUGGAGUUGUGGCAAAUUGUCUUGAGGAUGUGGAUACUAUGCAAUUGAUUCAGGAGACAGGGGGUCUCAGAAAACUACUUGCCUUUGCUGAAGUUUCCACUCUUACUGAUUUUCAGAAGAAUGCAGCAAAAGCCAUUGCUAAAGCAGCUUAUGACCCUGAAAACAGGAAAAUCCUGAAUGAACAAGAAGUUGAAAAAUGUCUUGUCACUCUUUUGGGAACGGAUAAUGAUGGAACUAAAAUAGCUGCUUCUCAAGCCAUCUCUGCUAUGUGUGAGAAUUUAGCCAGCAAGCAAGCCAUUGGCGCUCUAGGGAUUCCCCAGCUAGUUCAGUUGCUAAGCAGCGAAAAUGAAGAGGUAAAAGAAGCUGCCGCCACAGCUGUAGUUAAUCUGACAACAGCCCAUCUUGCCAAUGCCAGUGCCGUUGCUGAAGCGGAUGGCAUCGAACCACUGAUCAGCCUUCUGAGUGCUAAGAGAGACGGGGCUGUUGCUAGUGCUGCUACCGUUCUCACAAACUUGGCCACGCAGGAGCCGUUGCGUCUCAACAUCCAGAGCCAUGGUAUCAUGAAUGCCCUAGUAGAGCCACUGAAUUCCACGAACAGCAUUGUGCAAAGCCGAGCGGCCCUUGCUCUGGCUGCCUUUGGUUGUGAUGCUGAGGCAAGAGCUGAGCUACGGAAUUCAGGUGGACUUGAGCCUCUUGUUAAGCUCCUAUAUUCGAGACACGAUGAAGUCCGAAGAAAUGGUUGUUGGGCUGUUAUGGUUUGUGCGAGUGAUGAGCCAACAGCAGCUGAAAUGACCAGGCUUGGUGCUUUAGACAUUCUUGAAGAAAUUAACCUGUCCAUUGGGCGCAAAAAUAACUUCAGUGAAGCAGCUUUGGAUAAAAUACUUGAUCACAACCUUCCCCAGAAAUAUAGUCAAAUGGGGUUUUUAUCAUCAAGUAACAUAAUUUUGGAUGGGUUUUAUGAUUAUGGACAGGUAAAGCAUGGUGUAAAACUAUUAUCCCUGGAGGAACUCAGUGCUCAGGAGCUUAAUGAUCGCCGUGCUAUAGUCUUAAUAAAUGCUAAACCACCAGAACCGGAAUCCUCAGCUCCUCCCAUUCUGGUAGAUGAAAGGACAACACAAGAUACAGGUUCCACCCGAAUUGCGCCUUCUGCAAGUGCUGUCAGAAAAACUAGUAAAGAAAAAGCCAGCUCAGUGGAUGAAAAGCCAGACUCUCCAGGACGGUCUUCUUCAAUCAGUAAAGGAAGCAGUAGAGAGAAAGGAUCAAGAAAAGGGAAAGGGAAAAAAGAAGAAGAAAAACCAAAAGAAGAAGAAAUGGAGGCAGCUGUACCUAAAAGACAUGAAGAUGUUCAUGCAAAGGCUUCAUGGCUUCCUCCUUUUGACCCCAUCUUGCUGGAUUACAUUACAGAGGCUUCCAAAACAAUCCUGCCACUAGCAACCACCAAAGAACAGGUUGUAGCCCUUGCACAGUUUGUUGCAGGCAAGAUGGGUGGUCCAAUCGAAAGAGACAAGUUGCAUGAAUUCAGCUGGGAACUUCAUAUAAGUGAAAUUGAAUUUGAACUCAAAUGCAACGUGGUACCUGUUGGGAGGGUCAACAAAGGGACCUUCUACCACAGGGCUUUGCUUUUCAAGGUUCUUGCGGACCGAAUUGGCAUUGGUUGCAACUUAGUCCGCGGCGAGUACAACAGAGCAUGGAAUGAAGUGAAAUUAGUUGAUGAUUCUCCAUUAGGAAUACCUGGACUUCUGCUUCCUCCUCAACUGUUUAUUGUAGAUGUCAUGUACCAGCCAGGCUGCCUGAUGAAAGAAGGAAGUCCAGAGGCAGAUCACUAUCGACGUAUUUAAUUAUUUUUUCAUAGUGUUUUGAAUUCAAAAGAGGCUUGUCAGUUAGUUUUAUUAAAUCUGUGUAGAGACGUUUGUAGGGCUUAUUUUCAAAGCUGGGCUGUGUGCUUUUAGAUGCCCUGACCAAUUUAGACGGGUCUUUGGGUCUUUUAUUUUCCUACUGAAACUCUAAUUUAUGACUCUCAGAAAAGUCUUUAGGCAUCACUCUGAAUUUUAGAACAAGUCUAACUCAUGUAUUUGGUGUAUCUUUUGGAAUAAA